AUGAGGAAAGAACCUCCACGAGGAGAAGAGGUGGCCGGUGCUGCACCUGAUUGCUAUUGUGGGAGGCUUGCUCUGCUGCAGACUUCUUGGACAGAGUCCAACCCACUUCAGAGGUUCUUUGUGUGUCCAAAGUCAAAGGUUGAUAUUGAAAUGCCUCCUCAUGAGAGAGCUUUGAUGGCUUGGCUGCUGAGGACAAAGAAAGAAUACUCAGCCGCUUCGAUUAGGAUUUUCAACGCCUGUGGGGUGCAAUAUGCCACAUAG